AUGUUUAAGCUCAAAAAGAAAAAGCCCCCAGUUGUCGUCCCAAACGAUGUUGUAUUUAAGUCGCGGUCCCGCCCACCACCCAAGAGCGAGGAUGGAAUAGGAAAGAGAAAAAAAAUGGCCGAUAAAAGGGUUGGGAAGCCAAGUAUGCAACUUUGA